UACACACACCGAAACCUACAGACAGCGCUUUUAACGUAAUCCUUAUAAAACUGUCGUAGAUUAUAUUACAUUGUUUUCGAGAACUGAAUGACUAAAUGUAAUGCUGCGAUUCCAAAAGCCGCCCGAUACAUACAUUUGAACAUUAAAACAUACGCACAAAAAGAUUUUCUAAAUGAAGACCGUCUAAGGUGUUACGCCUUCUGCAUGUCCCAUGAUGUCGCUGUGGCAUUCCACAUUAAGUCAGAUGAACAAGCUUUAAUGUCGAGUGUUCAAGAUGACAACAGGACGCUUUAAUAUAGUGCCCUACCCACGUGUGUCAGUGAACGUUAUUAUUGUAGAAACGAGCAACUUUUUGCACUUAGAUUAUGCGCAUUUGAAUGCCGCGUAUGACGGGUGAAGAAGGCAUACUGACACCUGACGGACGUUAUUCGCCUAAAUAAAUUGACCUCUGGGGAUUAACACCCGGACUUUAUCUCAGGUCAGACCGUUUAAUGUCGCGUGUGACCGAACCGCUUCAUUCCUUCAUCCUGACGGAAUAGACCGAGAUUCAGCCAUGACAGAGACGCGUGUUUCACGCUGGUACUUCGGAGGAAUUGCCUCGUGUGCGGCUGCCUGUUGCACUCACCCACUUGACUUGAUAAAGGUUCAUCUGCAGACCCAGCAGGAGGUGAAGAUGAGAAUGACCGGCAUGGCUGUACAGGUGGUGCGCAGUGAUGGGGUGUUUGCACUCUACAAUGGCCUCAGUGCCUCCCUUUGCAGGCAGAUGUCAUACUCGAUGACCCGCUUCGCCAUAUAUGAAACUGUGAGAGACCAGAUGGCCAGUCAAAACCAGGGGCCCAUGCCCUUUUACCAGAAGAUCUUACUAGCUGCUUUUGGAGGUUUUACUGGUGGUUUUAUUGGGACACCAGCAGACAUGGUUAAUGUCAGAAUGCAGAAUGAUAUGAAGCUGCCUCCUGUGCUUAGAAGAAACUAUGCGCACGCUCUUGAUGGAUUGUUACGUGUCUUAAAAGAAGAGGGAAUAAGGAAGCUUUUCUCUGGAGCCUCAAUGGCAGCUAGUAGAGGGGCCUUGGUGACUGUGGGGCAGCUGUCCUGUUAUGACCAGGCCAAGCAGCUGGUUUUGGGAACUGGUCUGAUGACUGACAACAUCUUCACUCACUUUGUUGCCAGUUUCAUUGCGGGAGGCUGUGCUACAGUUCUCUGUCAGCCCAUGGAUGUGGUGAAAACCAGACUGAUGAAUUCAAAUGGGGAAUACAGGGGAGUGAUUCAUUGUCUGUCUGAUACUGGAAAACUUGGACCUAAAGCUUUCUACAAGGGCCUGGUCCCAGCUGGAAUCCGCCUGAUUCCUCACACUGUUCUGACUUUCCUCUUUCUGGAGCAGCUCAGACUGUACUUUGGCCUUAGAGUUGUUGCCGCUACAUGAACUCUGACCCAAAAUCUCCAACCCAGGCUGAUUGGAAUUGUGUACCCAGGGAAACACUUUUGAGAACUGAGAAAUAUGUACAAUGGACUACAUCUUCUUGCAGCUAUUGAUUUCCCAAAUCCACUAGAGUUCACCUUGUACAUUUUUGACCAUCUCAAAUAGGUUUCUGGGGCAUAUUUUCUCAUGCUUGCCAUUUCUCGUAAAUCCACUAGAAGCCGCUAUUCACAUUUCUGCAUAUUUAAUGUCCUUCUCGCAUAUGUCAAUGAGAGAAGCCAGUCAGCUGCUAUUAUAUCUGCUUGAUAUUGACUGAUACACCUACAUCCUUCCUUAAGCCCAACCGAUUGUGUUUUCAAAAGCAAACUAAAAGAGAAAAGCCAUUGUGGCCACGAGCUUUGACCACAAUGUCAUGCUGUUUGUUUUGUGUUUCAUUUUACCUGGUGUCUGGAACUGUCUUUCACUGGACGAGAACCGUGGUAUGGUCCACUUCGUGUCUCAAGUCUGACACCAUUCAUGGUGUGCUCUUGAGCAAACCAAUCAUUCCGUCCAUAUGGAGAUCCCAGAAGUACCGCUUCAUAUUGUUCAUCUUGCACACAAAAUGCAGCCAAAUGUACCUGCAACCAAAUAUUUCUCAGUUCUCAAAAAUGCAUCCUAAUGAGCCUGUGUUGAAAAUCUCCUGGUGCUAGCAUUAGUUUCAGCUUAUUGGAUCACAAGUAGCUAGCACUAAAACCAGGUGUUAUUGGGGUCCAACACAUGCUGGCAAUGAAUCACUGAAACCACAUGCUUGUGACCAAAGGACCAGUAGUCACCAGGCAGUCAUUCACUGUUCUAAAACAGUAGUCUCAAACAAUGAAUUUGUCUAAUUUGUGGCUUUAUAAGUAAAAUAAGUGAACUAAAAUACAGUGGUGUGAAAAAGUGUUUACCCCUUGAUUUCUUAUUUUUUGCGUGUUUGUCACACUUUAAUGUUUCCGAUCAUCACACAAUUUUAAAUAUUUGUCAAAGAUAACGCAAGUAAACAAAUCAUGCAGUUUUUAUUGUUGAGGGAAAACACAAUCCAAAACUACAUAAUCCCAUGUGAAAAAAUGUUUGACCCCCCAUGAAUUCUGUGCACCAAAAUUUCCAGAAGGAGAAUGUCUUGCCAUCUGUUAGUGACUUCAAGCUGAAACGAAAUUGGGUUCUGCUGCAGAACAAUGAUCUAAAGCAUGUCAACAACUCCACUUCUGAAUGGUUGAAGAAAAACAAAAUGAAGACUUUGGAGUGGCCUAAUUAAAGCUCUGAUUUAAAUCAAAUUAAGAUUCUGCUGCCCUUUGUUACCUUUUACAAUAAUAAUAAAACCCUCAUUUCCAAAACUGCAUGGUGUUUAUUUGGGCAAACACCUUUUCACAUCGUUGUAAAGUGAAGUUUAAAUUGAAAAGUCUAAAAUGACAAACAUAAAAUUUACUAUAAGCUCUUUAUUUGGAUACAGCAAUGUUCUCAACAUUAAC